CACUGUCAGCACUGCGAAAACGUCGGGGGUCCUAGCCUCGGAGUGGACAUCUUCUGGAGCAUUGGCUGUAGCGUGUCAACCUGGCGGCCCGGAUUCAGGACUGCACAGCCAACUCGGGCCAUUCUACCUGCACGAAGUGUCCAGAAGGCGUCGGCAUGACACACCACUCGUCAAAAGGAUUUAACCUGCAAUACCUCGUGGAGCUCGAGUCUACCGACCUUCUAGUGAUCGUGCUGGUGUUCGCUGUCAUCGGGAUACUCUUCUGUCUCUUCGUUCUUGGGGUCGGUAUCUUGGCAGCCGGAAAGAGGGUGGUGGCAGCAUACAAAGCAGAAACAGCUCCGUGCAGCUGCACGCACAGUCCACACAGUCCCCCACCGCAAAAAUACGGGGAAGAUGGGAAUAACAUUGACGUCAAUGUUCAUCCGACAGACACCACUAUCGCUGCCGGAGGUUCCGCCUUGGUUGCACCUCACUACAACGUGGCACUUAUGAAUCUCACCGAGAUGCAAUAUCCCAGUUGCCCACAAAUGCCCCCCGGGAUGGUACAUCAUCAACGUCCGCAACAACCGGCCGGCGCACAGUACUAUCCAAAUGGACCGGCUCCCUGGAUGGGACUGCCGGCCAGAAGAUGAAAAGGAGCUUCGUGUCUGUUCAGUGAUCGAACAGAAGGGACUCAAGAUCACCUAAAAGCAGAGCCCUGCGAGCUUCUAGGCAGAUACUGGGCCAUCGACUAUCUACCUCAGUUAGCGACUGCUUGUCACAGCUUGUCACGAGCGUCGCUUCUGUGGCAGCGGAUUCCCAUGAAAACAAAAGCACCUCGGAAUAAACAUUACGCAACAUGAAGAAUGUAUAUACACCAGUAUUCUGCCCAUGUCGUUGUUCUCCAGUUUGGUUGCGCUUUCUCUCAACGCUGCGCUUCAACGGGAAAAUGUGAGGGUUACCAGAGGCGCUGGGCUUAAUUUGUGAUUUAGAAUUAGCGAAUCAUUAGUUAAUUACACCGCGUUUUCAAUAAAUCGUUGACAGCGUGGUCCUCCAAGUACAGUAUUUAGCGCAGUCAAUCAACUGAUAAGGUUAUGAUCGUAACGAUGGCGAUGAGAUUGGUUCCAGACUGUAUGAGAUACAAGACUGGGAUCAAAGACGCGUUUUUCCGUCUCGAAUUUUUUCUUCUCUCUUUUUUUUUUCUUGAAAAAGUUUACAGAAUAUUGGGCCCACGUAACACCGCCCUGAGGAAACUGUCAUUCAGAAUGAUAUAUGUCUUCAGAUUCGUGAAUGACUUUUUUGGACAAUUAACGCAAAUAUAAGAAAUGUGCCUCCCAUUUUCAUUAACUCAGUAGAGAGAAUGAUGGUUCUCCACUGGAGCACGUAAUGGACUCAAGUUCCAUUUUAAUAGUGUACAAAUGUUCCUGACGUCUCAUCAACAAACAAUGCAUCGGAAUUGAGUGCAUGACGUUUAUUCUGUCUUUGUUUAACU